ACCCUGACUGAUAAGCAGGCACAAAAAUAUAAGUGAAACCUUCAAAUAUUUUACCCAGUUCCAGAGAGAGUAUGAACUAUUUGCUUUUAAAUUAAUUUCUAUACUGAUUUUUAAUAGGACGCAGGGUGUUUCUGAAGGACUUUCCUGAUUUCUGGAAAUGACUAGUCUUUUUGGAUUAAAGCUCCUGGCACUAUGCGCUGGGCUGCUAGGCUCCGGUAUCCUAUGUUCUGAUAACAAAACUGAGACAAGCACACCUCCACUCACUGUAAAAUCCACUCUGCCUACAUUCACCCCAACUAAAGCAAAUACUGGACAUUCUAAACCAGCCCUUAGCCCUACUCUUGCACUCACCACUGCAACUCCUCCUUUCAACUCCAAUGAUGUUCCUGCCUCAUCAGGGCAAGGUACUCAAGCCCAAGACAAAGCACCCACCAGCACACUUCCACCCUCCACUUCAUCCAACUCUGCACAGAACCUUUCCUCUCACAGCAUCCAAGGAGAAAAUUAUACUGGUACAUCUCUACCCACCAACACUACCAAACCCACACGCACCUCUUCUGAGAGUUCUAACCCUACAAGCACUGAAGACAACACAAACAAAACAACCACUCCUGCACUCACUGUCAUCACGACAACCGCAUCAACCAAUACAACCAUGGGGACUUCAGAACAGUGCAUCAAUUUCACAGGUGAAUACACCACUUCAGAAGCUACAUAUGAAAUUAACAUCAAUUUUAGUACAACAGGAAACCUUAUUGUGGAGUAUUCAGAAGUUGGAUCGAAUUCCAUCCACAACAAUACAUUUUAUUCUGAACAAAAGUACCAAACAUUUAAGAUUGCAAACUUGACUCCGUGUACUACUUAUGAAAUCAAUGUCACUCAAGGAAGCUGCAAAUUGAAUGGAAGCAAACAUUUUAAAACAGCAAUGGACCUCAAGAUUGGAUUUAUUGGCAAAAAGCACAACAACACAGCUGUAAAGCUAGAUGUUAUGAUUCCCCAAGUCACAAACCUAACAGUCAACUGUGAGAAUUGCAACGAUAAGACAAAGAAGCCAAUAACAAGGACAGUUAUCUUUCCGGAUCUUGAAAUGUGUACCAACUACAACUUUUCUUUAAGUGGAAAAACUAAGUGUAACACCACCAUAAAAGAACAAACUGAAGUAUCAAUUCAACCAGAUCCACUGGAGCUCAAGGUCACUCCAUCAAAUACAUCUGUGACCCUUAAAUUGAAUAAUAAUCUGAACUAUAAAAUUGGUUGGCAUGAAACAGCUAACAGCGCCCCAGGUGUUCUUCUAGUAGAGGGUAAAAAUAUGACAACUCUUGAGAAUCUGAAACCAUUUACAGACUACUCAUUCUAUGUGACACCCUACAACAACAAUGCAUCGUGUACCACAAUCAAUCAAACAUUUAAAACAACCUGUGGAACACCUGGAAAACCAACCAGUGUUAAUAGCACUGUUGAAAAAAAUUCAAUUAGAAUUACAUGGGCUUCACCUGAAAAACAAAAUGGAAAUUGCAAAUUUCAAGUUAAGUGCCCUGACACAAAUUUCACUCCUGCACAGUUGCACAAUCAAUAUAUGUGUAGAAAUGUUAAAUACAAUAAAACAUAUAUCAUGCAGGUUUUGGCAUACAACCAGUGUGAAAAUAAUACAUUUCAUGGACAACCUGUGGAAGUACCAGUACAUUUCCCAGAUAAACCAACGAUAUUUAAUGUCCAAAUGCCACAGCACAAUGAAAUACAAAUAAAUUGUGCAUAUGCAGCAAAAACUGGAGAAACUGAAGAAUAUAAGUAUUUAUCAAGGAUUAAAAAACCAGAUGAAACAGAAUGGAAAAUUUGGAAAACAUGUGAAUUCACUUAUACAAAUCUUCACUAUAACACAGAGUAUGAAUUUGAGGUACAAGUAAACAAUACUCUUGUAUUAAGUAAGAGUGCAACAAUUAAAGCAACCACUAAGUAUAACGACAAAGCUUUGAUUGGGUUCCUGGCAUUCUUCAUUGUUCUGACCUCUUUAACCAUUGCCUUUAUUGUAUAUAAAAUCUACUUGCUACCGAAGAAAAAUUCAGACUCUUCUGAUGAAUCUGUAGAGCUCAUUGGACAUGAUGAAGAAAAGCAGCUUCUCGAUGUGGACCCCAUCACAGCAGACAAGCUGCUGGACACUUAUAAAAGGAAGAUGGCUGAUGACGGGAGAAUCUUCCUUAGUGAAUUUCAGAGUAUACCAAGAAUUUUCAGCAAAUGCACAACAAAAGAGGCCCGCAAGAACUACAACCAGAACAAGAACCGCUACGUUGAUAUACUACCUUAUGAUUAUAAUCGAGCCAUUCUUUCCACAAUUAAUGGUGAAGCCGGGUCAGAGUAUAUCAAUGCAAGCUUCAUAGAUGGCUACAAAGAACCGAAAAAAUACAUUGCUGCCCAAGGUCCCAAGGAUGAGACAAUCGAUGAUUUCUGGAGAAUGAUUUGGGAGCAGCAAUCAUCCAUUAUCGUUAUGGUGACCCGUUGUGAGGAAGGAAAUAGGAACAAAUGUGCUCAGUAUUGGCCAACUAAGGUGAACGAAACCAAGAACCUUCAUCUGUUUGAUGUGAAGCUAAAUGAAGAAAACAAAUACCCUGACUACAUCAUUCGAAAGCUCACCAUCAAAAAAUUAUUCAGAACUUGUUCAGCACACGUCUUUAAGGAGAACAUGAAUAACUCUGAGCGAGUUGUGACUCACAUCCAGUUUACCAGCUGGCCUGACCACGGAGUCCCAGACGAUCCUCAGCUGCUUCUGAAGUUACGCCGAAGAGUGAACUCUUUCAACAACGUCUUCAGUGGCCCGAUUGUCAUUCACUGCAGUGCUGGAGUAGGUCGUACUGGUACCUAUAUUGGCAUAGAUGCCUUGAUAAAAGAGUUGGAGGCAGAGGAGCGUUUCGAUGUUUACAGCUAUGUGGUAAGACUCCGUCGCCAGCGCUGCCUCAUGGUGCAAGUAGAGAACCAGUACAUAUUGAUCCACCAGGCUCUGCUUGAACACAGUCAGUUUGGUGAAACUGAGCUUGCCCUCUCUGAACUGCAUUCCUCCCUGAACGCUUUAAAGGCACGUGACUCUCCAAGAGAGCCGUCCCUUCUAGAGGCAGAAUUCCAGAGACUUCCCAAGUACAGAAACUGGAGGUUACAAGCUGUAGGACAACGUGAAGAAAAUACAGACAAAAAUCGCUAUCCCACUGUUGUUCCAUAUGAUUAUAACAGAGUGCUUAUUAAGCUGGAAGAUGAGACGAGCCAAGACAGCGAUCAUGAAGAAGGCACUGAGGAGUCCUCUGAUGAAGAAAGCGAUUGGGAAGACUCGACCAAAUACAUCAAUGCAUCUUACAUAAAUGGUUACUGGAGCAAAAGAUCUGUGAUUGCUGCUCAGGGGCCACUUCCAAAUACCAUUGCAGACUUCUGGCACAUGAUCUUCCAGAAAAAAGUAAAAGUCAUUCUUAUGCUAACAGACUGCAAAGAAGGAGACAAGGAUUAUUGUGCUUCAUACUGGGAAGAUGAGAAGAAGUUAUAUGGUGAGGUUGAAGUUGAGGUUACCGACUGCAACAAAGCUUCCGGCUACACAGUCCGUGCUAUUGAAAUAAGGCACACCAAGAGAAAAGAAACACGAAAAAUCUACCAAUAUUAUUAUCACAUGUGGAGUGGGUUGGAACUUCCAGAAAGCCCAAAGGAGCUGGUUGCUCUGAUAAAAAACAUAAAACAGAAGAUUCCAUCAAAAUAUGACCAUGAUAAAUCCAGUCAGGAUAAGAACGUGCCAUUGGUUGUUCACUGCAAUGAUGGAUCAACAAGAACUGGGAUAUUCUGUGCUCUCUGGAAUCUCAUGGACAGUGCAGAAACUGAAGGGGUGGUAGAUGUGUUCCAGACUGUAAAAGCUCUGCGUAAAGAAAGGCCAGGAUUACUGACAUCCUUUGAACAAUAUAAGUUCUUGUAUGAUGUGAUGGCGAACACCUUUCCUGCCCAGAACGGGAAGGUGAAGUCAAGUUCUGCCCAGGCAGAGGACACUGUUGAGGUUGUCAAUGAAGCAGGAGCGAAGGAGCAGCCUAAAGGCAGUCAGCCAGACAAACAAGAUCCUGUCAAGUCCAGUGCUGGAGAUGCCUCACCCAACUCCACAGAGCAGGAAUCUGCAGUCAAACAAACCCCCAGUACUGCUGAGAAAACAGCAGUAGAAAGCUCUACCAGUGGCCCAGCCCUCAGAGCCAGUUAAAAAAGAUGAAACACGUGUAUGCUAAAUGUGUUAGUUUUUUUUUUUUUUUAUGUUUAUAGCUUUUAUUUUUGCAGACCAUGUUUUCAUGAAAACCAUGAGAAGAUCAAGGACAAGAUUUUUAACCUGAACAGAUGAAUGUAUGUUAUUAUCUUGCAUGCUCAUACUGGACUCAGGCCAUCAAAGUGGUAUAUGCAUACGGAAAGCUAAACGCACCGAAAUUUUUACAGUAGAUUAGUUGAGGGUAGUGUAAGGAGAAAUAAUUUGCUAAAUUGUACAUCAACCCAGUUACUUUUUCACCAUACCUUUUAAUGUGUCACGUGCAUGCUUAAGAUUGCAAAAAUCAGGAAUUUUAAAAUGAAAGUUACCACAGUAGCACAGCAAAUUACGUUUAUUCCAGUUCCCUAGACACUUGAGAGUACUUUGAUGAUAAAGUUCUCUUUCCAACCUUCCUGAUCAUGAGAUGGCUCCCAUCCUAUAGUUCCCAAGCCAGGCUGGGCUGUGUUUUGUUCAACACCACUGAAACAUCCAUUUAGCAAACUGAAAACAUCUCCCAAUAACUAGCUGCUGGUACUGUUCAUCAGUGUUUGAAAUUAGAAGGGACAGUGAUUUAACCCCUUGUUUGCACUACUUGUCUAUAUCUUACCAAACUAUAACUGCUUUGUUAAGGCUUUUGCACAUUUUUAAAAUUUAUUAUAUAGUGUAUAUUAGAGUGAAUGCAUAUGAUUUAAUUAAUCUUAUGAACAUUUUCUCUUGUUUGAAUGCUUUUUAAUUUUCUAUGCUAAAAUCAUACUUUUAUGUGGUGCUGUAUAUGUACAGAAACCAUUUAUAUUUGUAUUGUAAUGUUAUGAGGGGAUUGACAUUUUGGUGGAGUCAAUGAGUGUGCACAUAUGAUGCAGGCAGAGAAAACACAUGGAUCCCUGGCCAUGUUGUACCACAUACAAUUACACUCCAUGUUGUAUAUGUCGUUGUCAGCAUAAUUAAAUUUUAUGAAACAUAAACAGUGAAAAAAAUGUACCAUGGUCAAAACAAUUCAAUAAGAUCAAACUUUGUUUUUCAUAUUUCUACUGAUUUUGGUAUUGUACGAAAUGUAAGGCAUAAAGUGUAUCAUAUAUGAAUUUGUCAGUCUGGUUUUAAUUAAAAAAAAAAAUUCCAAUUGAAA